CUACACUUCGAAGUACUCUGAAGAAACAGGGGACAUACAGAAGUGUAGGGUCUCACAUACACACGCGCGUACCUCCCAUUAUGUCGAUCUGCAACAGACAAAGAGGCAUGUCCUGUCGUGUCUGCCUCUUUGCUUUGAUGUGACGCGUGGCCAACCAGUCUGUUGUUGAGUCUCCUGAUGUUGGUCUCCUCCUUGGCCUCCUCUCCGAUCUCUGCGGCUGUCACAUGGUAGGCCGAAAUCUUGCCCUCCUUGAUGACCUGUGUCGCAAACUCGUGCUGUCGCAAGUCCUUGAAGGCCUCUCGCUCCAGCGCUAUUUUGUGCUUGGUCUCGAUCCUGUUCUUCGCCCACUUGACGAACCUAUGAGAGAGUCACCAACCCCACAGACAGACACAGAGACUUGUGCUUGGUCCGCGAACCUUUUCUUCUCACCUCUCGCGCAGUGUUGCGAAGCUGUCGUGGAAGUAUUUUCGGACGCUCUUUUUCCAUGGAGGGUCGCUAUCGACAGACGUCGGAGAAAUAACGCCAUCCGCAAGCUCCUGUAGCCCAGUGAUGAGUGUGCAGCCGAUGGAUGGGCAAGCACACAAGUGAAUGCGCCGCCCAUGUAGGUGGAUACCUGUCCGUAUUCAGCAAGCACGUCGACCAGCUGAAGAGAGAGAUCCCGCCGCUGUGUCGCGAACUUUGCGUCUGGGACGGCCCAAUAUUCAAUCUGUCAAAGGAUGCGUAUACGUAUAUGCAAUAUGGAGAGAUGGGGAGAAUGAGAGACGUGGAUCGACCUCAUAGACGGUGUCCAGCCAUGCCGCUUCCUCCAAGUAUUCGCUCAACGUGCUGAUGUAUCUGUCCACCGCCUCGCGGUCAGAGUGGUCUGUGGAUGCCGAGUGAAAGAGGCAGUGAAUGCAGAAUCCAGUCGUUGCUUCACGUAUGUCUCACCGCCCCAACCGCGGAGCCCGGGUUUGUCGAUCGCCUCGGCAAAAAUAUCCCCCGGCUUCUGCCCCGUUUCCUCUUCCGUAGGGACUUCAAGGACACUUUCAAGGACGUUGUCGAUUCUCUUGCGCAGCGCCUUGAGGAAUUUUGAUGGCGGGGCCUUCUGAGGACUUUCCUGGCCGCCCGGGACCCACUCUGGGAUGGAGAGCUCGCCGAAGAGGUAGUCGACCCAGCUGGCCGCCUUAGAUCCCCAGCCUUUGGCUUCUCCUUCAGACUCAGCCUGGGCUUCCUUUUCGGCCUUCUCUUUCCCCGUCUGAAGCCCCUCCUGAAAAUACUGAUCUAGCGUGUAGUUGACCGCCUUCUUGCCCCAGCUCUUGCCAGUCUCCCACGCCUUCCAGCCGAGGGCUUUGCCAAGGUCCUUCCCCUUCUCAUACACCUGGGCGGAUAGGCAGCGUCAUAUGCGGUGAGAUCAUGUGUGUGUCGAUGGAUAAAUCGACAUCCCGACACUCACCUCACGGCCAAGAGCCUGCACGCAUACGAGAAAUGUACAGACACUGCAUACGAGAAAUGUGUAGACCUGCUCACCCGUACAGCGCUAUCGAUAUAUUCGGGAACGACCGCCAUUGCAGAAUCCGUUUGAUUCUCCUUUUUUGGCAUCCCCUCUUUUGGCUUCAUGCCUUCGGCAACCCAUCCUAUCUCGGCCUUCCUGGACUGCCUCUUACUUGUCUGUGUCUGCUGCUUCGGCUCGGGUGUAGGACUGUCCCUAUUUGCGAUGAGGGAUUCGGCAGAGAGCGGCAGCUGAGAAAGCAACACCAAGACGGCGAAGAAGGGAAACAUGGCGGUAUCGUUGCCGCAGACGAGGGUCGGUGGAUGUGCGAUGAGGGAACCGGGAGAGAGCGGCAGCUGAGAAAGCAACACCAAGACGAGAGACGAGGCCCCCACGCC